AUGCUGCUGGUACCAUAUAUGGUGAGCAUUUUGGCGCCGAACAACACGGUGCGCGAGUGGCGCGACGUGGUAUUCGCAACGGCUGCUGUGCUGGUCAUCUCGAAUGCACUGUUCUGCUGGAUGUGCAGUGCUGAUCCGGAGCCCUGGGCGCUGCUUGGCUUACAGAAAACGGAAAAGGAUGCUGAUGUGAAACUCCGGCUGAGCCGUGGCGAAACCUGUGCGAAUGCCUAG